UGGGUAUGUUGGUGGCCCUGUAAACUGUGACUUUUAUUUUAGGCCUGUCAACUACAUCAAGUGUCAAGUUGGUAAAGUUGCAUUUCAUUUAUCAAGACUGGAAUUUUUCAAUUACCUUGUUUUGCAAAUAUUUAAGGAUCCACAGAGAUCACUUGACUGUAAAUAAUAUUUAUCUUUUUGUAUACUCGCUGGUAGUGUUUUUAUAAAUUAAAAUAUCAUGCCUCAAUACAAAGUCAAAGUCAAGUGGGGCAAGGAGUCCUUUCCAGACAUUGAGGUAAAUACUGAGGAGCCUCCAGAGCUGUUUAAAGCACAGCUAUUUGCUCUGACUGGGGUUCAGCCUGAACGCCAAAAGGUAAUGAUAAAAGGCGUUACGUUGAAGGACACUGACUGGGAUAAUUUCAAAUUGAAAGAUGGGGUAACAAUUUUAUUGAUGGGAAGCAAAGAGGAGGAUGUGCCCAAGGAACCUGUAGAGAAAACUUUGUUUGUAGAGGACAUGAAUGAAAGUGAACUAGCAUCAGCAUUGGAACUACCAGCUGGUUUAACAAAUCUAGGAAAUACAUGUUACAUGAAUGCCACAGUACAGUGUCUGAAGGUGGUGCCUGAAUUGAGAGAAGCUCUCCAGAAUUUCCAAGGAGGUGUUGCGACAGGGGGAAACGUAGUUCCGGCUCAGUCAAUUACAGCAGCUCUCAGAGAUCUUUAUUCUAGUAUGGAUAAAGGUAAUACAAUACCACCUAUUGUGCUGCUCCAAGUUCUUCAUAUGGCAUUUCCCAGAUUUGCUGAGAAAAACGAGCAGGGUGGUUUCUCCCAACAGGAUGCCAAUGAAUGUUGGACAGAAAUGAUAAGGAUGUUGCAGCAAAAGUUGCCAGCAAAAAAAUCUGAAGGAGACAAUUCCCAAGAUCAGAGCAAGUCUCUGAUAGACCAGUACUUUGGAGGAACAUUUGAUGUUGAAUGGAAGUGUGUGGAGGCUGAGGAUGAGCCUUUGACAAAAAGUAAGGAGCAGUUCUUGCAGCUUAGUUGUUUCAUAUCACAAGAAGUUCGUUAUAUGCAUUCAGGACUGAAAAAUAAACUGCAAGAACAGAUAACAAAAAAAUCGCCAACGUUAGAAAGGAAUGCUGUAUAUAUAAAAUCAUCCAAAAUUAGUCGAUUGCCAGCAUACUUGACUGUUCAGUUUGUAAGGUUUUACUAUAAGGAGAAAGAAUCGAUAAAUGCAAAAAUCUUAAAAGACGUUAAGUUUCCUCUAGACUUUGAUGCAUUUGACUUGUGCACUUCAGAAUUACAAGAGAAAUUGGCACCAAUGAGAGCUAAAUUUAAGGAACUUGAAGAUAAUCAGAUAGAACAAGCAGCCAAGCUCAAAGAAAAUAACAAGGGUGAUGGCAAAAGUAAAGAUGAAAAGAAAAAGUAUGCUCCUUACUGGUUUGAGGAUGAUUCGGGUAGCAAUAACAGUGGUUACUACACACUGCAGGCAGUGUUGACACAUAGAGGAAGAUCAUCAUCAAGUGGACAUUACGUUGGUUGGGUCAGGCAAUCUGAAGAUAACUGGAUAAAGUGUGAUGAUGACAAUGUAUCCCCUGUCACAACUGACGACAUUUUAAAACUCUCUGGUGGAGGUGAUUGGCAUUGUGCCUAUGUUCUACUUUAUGGUCCUAAAUUAUUAGAAUUGCCAGCGGAAGAGGAAAAAAUGGUGACCAACUAAUUUGAUAUGUGCUUCAAGCGAACAAUUUAUGUAUGAUUAAAAAUGAAACAUUUAUGUAAAUAGUGUUUUUGUUGCCGAAAUACACUUGUACCUUGUGGACAUAGAUAUGAC